AUGGAGUUUGCCAUGGUGGGCGCGGAUGGCGGGUGCAAUAGUCACCUGCCUUACGGAUAUGCCCAAGCUCGCGCACGGGAGAGGGAGCGCGAGAGGGAGCGCCAGGCUGCACAGUCUAGAGCGGCGGCUGCAGCGGCCGCUGCCGAAGGUGGAUCCGGUGCGGAGGGAGGAGGAGGCGGCGGCGGCAGCGGCGGCGGUGGCGGUGGCGGCGGCGUAGGGGGGUCCACCUCCACCUCCACCUCCACCUCCUCCUCGAGCGCUCAUCUCCUUAACAACCGCCAGCAUCAGUCUCGCGCCGCCUCCUCCACGAACGCCAACAUCAGCAGCGGCGGUACCGCCUCGCGCCCCUCCUCCUCCUCCUCCUCCUCCACCUCCUCGCAGCCGCCACAGCACCAGCAGGAGCCCGAGCAGCAGCAGAGAGUUCUCAGAGAGCGGAAAAAGCAGCGCGGCGUCGGACGGUGGAGACGCAGCCGGACGACUCUCGGCGGGGAUCUGCGCCACUCGGAGCUGGCACUGCUCGGAUCCGAGGAGGACAUCAUGAUAGAGGAGGAAGAGGCCGAGGGAGCCGAGGAAGAGGAGGAGGAGGAGGGGGAGCGGGGAAGCAAGAGGUCGAGCUUUCUGUGUAACAUGGAUGAUGAAGAGGAGACGGUGUCGAUCACUGACCGGCGCCCUCAGUCCGGAUACGAGAACGUUUACAGCGAGUGCGGCUGCUGCGAGAGAGUCGUCAUCAACGUGUCGGGGCUGAAGUUUGAAACUCAGCUCAAGACUCUCACUCAGUUCCCGGACACUCUCCUGGGGGACCCCGACAAGCGAAUCAGGUACUUCGACCCGCUGAGGAACGAAUACUUCUUCGACCGGAACCGACCGAGUUUUGACGCCAUUCUUUACUACUACCAGUCAGGGGGGCGGUUGAAAAGACCAGUCAACGUCCCCUUUGACAUCUUCUCCGAGGAGGUGAAGUUUUAUGAACUCGGGGAGGAGGCGAUACUGAAGUUUCGGGAGGAUGAGGGUUUUGUGAAAGAGGAGGAAAAGCCUCUGCCGGAGGACGAGUUCAAGCGCCAAAUCUGGCUCCUGUUCGAGUAUCCGGAGAGCUCGAGCCCGGCCAGGGGGAUAGCAGUGGUGUCCGUCCUGGUUAUUGUCAUUUCUAUUGUCAUUUUCUGCCUGGAGACGCUGCCGGAGUUCAGGGAUGAAAAAGAGUAUCUACAGCCACGACACAACUCCUCUCAACCUGACCACGGAUUUACUCCUUUCAACGACCCGUUUUUCAUCGUGGAGACGGUUUGCAUCAUCUGGUUCUCCUUUGAGAUUAUAGUCCGCUUCUUCGCGAGUCCCAGCAAACCCGCUUUCUUUAAAAACAUUAUGAACUCAAUAGACAUUGUUUCCAUUUUGCCUUAUUUCAUAACUCUCGGCACGGACCUGGCGCAGCACCAAGGCAACGGGCAGCAGGCGAUGAGCUUCGCCAUCCUGAGAAUAAUCCGCCUGGUCCGGGUGUUCCGCAUCUUCAAGCUGUCCAGACACUCCAAGGGGCUGCAGAUCCUGGGUCAUACCCUGCGCGCCAGCAUGAGGGAGCUGGCCCUCCUCAUUUUCUUCCUGGUCAUCGGUGUCAUCCUGUUCUCCAGCGCGGUGUACUUUGCCGAGGCGGACGAGCCCACCUCUCAGUUCACGAGCAUCCCCGACGCGUUCUGGUGGGCCGUGGUGACCAUGACCACGGUGGGCUACGGCGACAUGAAGCCCAUCACUGUCGGCGGGAAGAUCGUGGGCUCCCUGUGCGCGAUCGCCGGCGUGUUAACCAUCGCGCUCCCGGUGCCGGUCAUAGUGUCCAACUUCAACUACUUCUACCACAGGGAGACCGACAACGAGGACCAGCCGCCGGUGGUGGAGAGCAUGCCCCCGGGCUGCCCUUACUUCCCGGACUUUCUAAGGAAAUUCAAAGGCUCGCCCUCUGGGUCCUCGCUGGGUGACAAAGCGGAGUAUAUGGAGAUGGAGGAGGGGGUCACUGAGUCGCUCUGCGGUCUGGACAAAAGCCCCAGUAAAGGAAACGGCACAGACAUAAGCAGAAAAAACAGUACUAACUCAAAAUCCAUUCAGACUGACGUGUGA